UCUCUUGACUCUCGACGGCACUCGGCGACGACUACAAGUGCUUCGGCCCUGUAAAGACACGAUCAACGACAAAUGUUCCAAUAGAGUCACUGCUGUGCUAGCAGCCGCAACAUGCCGCUCAUUGCUCGAGUAUGGUGCACACAGCAUCCGUCUGCUCUGGGGGAUCUCCAAUAAGUUAAUGCCAGCCACGAAAACUGCCCGCACGAGUGAAAGGUACUCCGUACCUGGCCUAAAGCUAAGUUAGAGCUCUCCACACAGCCAACCUCCCGUUAGCAAUGUGUCGCAAAGUCGCAGUUUCAGCAGAAUAAUCGCCUGCGCAUUCCUUUAACGUCUAUCUAAGCCGCUCGUUACUGUUUAUAAGCAACUCUUCUCUGUUGUGUCUUCAAGUGAUCUUGGAUUCUUGUAACAACCUGCGCGACAACCCUCAAACGCUUCGCACUCCAGCAGAGUCGCAAAACUCACCAUGGCCGACGCCGAGGACCCAGUCCAGAUCGCAGAGUCGGGCGAAGCAGAUGUCGACAUGGGGACGGCCGAAGAAGUGCAAGAGAUCGAAGAUGACAACGCCGAGGCCGAAGGUGAAGGUGAAGGCGAUGAGACCACAGAGCCCAAUGGUGAUGGCCCGGCCUCCAACCCUCAGACAAUAUUUCUCGAGUACCUCAAGUCACCUAUCGUGCAGCUAGUUGUUGGCGAUGGCGAUGAAGAGACUACUCUGACCGCCCACAAAGCUAUUCUGACAAAGUCUCCUUACUUCAACGACCUGCUCACCAACGCCUCGGACGACGAACUUGUCCUUUCACUUCCUGAUGAACACCUGGAUGCAGUAGGCUGCUUCUUGCAAUAUCAAUACACAGGGGAGUACUUUCCAAGACGACUCGCAAAUGCGCCAGACGGGCUGGAAAGCGAUCCUUCUGUUCCCUCUGUCGACGAUACUGGAGCGCAACUUCUCAAGCAGGCGCGUGUCUAUACACUUGCCCAAAAGUUAGGAUUGCCCGACCUUAAGACGCUCGCGCAUUCCAAAAUCCAUCGCAUCAACUCCACGGCUGUCGGCGAAAUUGCCUAUGCGAGAUAUGUCUAUGGCAACACUCCCUCAGACGAUGUUACCAUCCGCAAACCUGUGGCAGCCUUCUGGGCUACCCGUUCUCAUGUCUUACGUCACGAGGCCGAGUUGGAGUUCAAGGCCAUGUGCUUGGAGUACCCGCAAUUCGGUUUCGAUGUCUUGAGCUUGGUGCUUGACCAACGAGAGAAGAGAGUGCGUGAACGCGAGGAAGAUGGUACCCCUGGUGGAAGCAAAGGCAGAAAACGAAUGCGACCCAGCGUGAACAUAUAAUGGCCGCCUGUGACUUUGUAUGGGUCCUUGGGAGAAUUCGGUGUUUCAUUGGGAGUAAUAGAUAUCGAUUCGGCUUAAGGGCAAUGUUCCCGCCUGAACCUCAUUACGAGGCUGUACUAUUAAGAGUGGAUCAAAAGCAGGAAUUUUGCAGCACGAUAUAUCUUCAGCGUUCGAGCAUGGCUCUGGAGGUUGAGGCCAUCUGCGGUUCCACCAUUUAGAA